AUGGCCCACCAACCAGACUACACGACCUGGUCCCAGAACGACCUAAUCGCCCGCGUAACCCAACUCGAAACCCAACUCCGCGCCCUCAACACCACCACCACCACCGCCUCAAAAUCCUCCAAAACCAAACCCCUGAAAAAACCCAAACCCUUCGACCCCUCCAAAUACACCACGCGCCUCAUCGCGCUCAAAUUCGCCUACCUGGGCGGCAACUACAACGGCUUCGAGCAUCAUAGCAAUAACACGACGCCGUUGCCCACGAUCGAGGAAGAGCUGUGGAAGGCGCUGAGGAAGACGAAACUCAUUUUUCCGCGGUGGAGGGAGGGGCAGAGGGUCGAGGAGGAUGUUUCGUGGGAGGGGUGCGAGUAUAGUAAAUGUGGGAGGACGGAUCGGGGGGUGAGUGCGUUUGGGCAGGUGGUGGGCGUGAGGGUGAGGAGUGCGAGGCCGAGGGAUAGGGGUGUGGUUGAGGGUGGAGGUGGGGAUGAGGAGAUGACGGACACUCAGGAUGCAGAGGAUGCAGAGAGACCUGCCACAAAGGCGUUUGAUCCUGUACGCGACGAGCUACCUUAUAUCCAACUCAUCAAUCGAGUCCUGCCUCCCGACAUCCGUGUCCUCGCAUGGUGUCCCUCUCCACCCCAAGAUUUCUCUGCGCGUUUCAAUUGCAAGGAGAGGCGGUAUCGCUACUUCUUCACAAAUCCUGCGUACAUACCAUUACCAGGUAGUGGGCCUCAAUCGUCUGCAGCGGGUCGAACGGGGGAGGGAUGGCUUGACAUCGAGGCCAUGAACGAGGCGGCCAAGAAGUACGAGGGUCUGAAUGAUUUUCGGAAUCUGUGCAAGAUCGAUCCCAGCAAGCAGAUUACCAGCUGGGAGCGGCGAAUAUUUCAUGCUGGUAUUUACGAGGUGGAUCCGAGCCAGGAGGCACAAAAUACAGCGGUCGGCACGGCAUCGCCCAAGCUUUACUACUUCGAAGUCCGCGGGAGUGCCUUCCUCUGGCAUCAGGUCCGGCAUUUGGUCGCAGUCCUAUUCCUGGUAGGUCAGGGCUAUGAGAAGCCAAGCAUAGUGGAUGAACUGCUCGAUGUCCACAGAACACCCGCGAGGCCGGUGUAUGAGAUGGCGAGCGACAUCCCGCUCGUACUUUGGGAUUGCAUAUUCCCAGACCCCGAGAAGCUCGCGAAUGGAGACCACGCCGAUGGUAGUGGAAGCUCAGAUCAAGGCUAUGUUGAUGCGCUCGACUGGGUGUACGUCGGCGACGAGAUGGGCGGCCGCGAUCAGUCGAAGCGUUCAACGACCGGUAUCGAGGACGGCAAGCAUGGUCGAAACGGUAUCAUGGAUGAGCUGUGGUCUCUUUGGCGGAAGAGGAAGAUGGAUGAAGUCCUUGCUUGGAGUCUGAUGGAUGUCGUGUCGAGGCAGGGUCCUUCGAUCCAGCUGGAUCAUCUGGCGACUUGUAACGGACAAGAGAGCAGCGAUCGUGUCUUUGAUGGAAGUGAGAAGCCACGAACGGUAGGUGACUAUGUGCCCGUCAUGCAGCGCGAGCGGAUGGAACCACCAGAUGUCGUCAAUGCUCGGUAUGCGGCACGAAAAGGCUUGACCGGUGCUGCGAGGUCGCCCAAUGAUACAGAUAUGGGUGAUUAA